AUGUGCUCGCGAACCGCACGGAACGUCGUCAAACAAUGCAAAUUCGAAGUGGAAGGAAUCGUGAUCGGGCCGUCGAAAACGACACUUUUGUUCGGAAAACGCCUCAAAGAGACGACGUGGCAGUUUGUGAAGAAUGUGCAUGGAGACGGCGCGGCACGCAAUGUCGACGGCGUCUAUUUCGCGAAAGUGUGAGUCGAUAAACCUGUCACACGGUCUCCAGAGCUGGCAAUGAGCGCAAGUGCGCCCCGCCCAAUAGAGCGAUACAUUGGCGCGAAAUUCAAAUUUUAACAGCAAAAUUUGUGUUUUUUGCCAGAUUAGCCACGAAAAACCGAUAAUUUCUCAUUUGUCUCUCGAUAGACCGAUUAUAUAGGCUAUUACGAAUUUUUGAAGAGCAAGAGCGUCAAACGCAAAUCACAUUUAUCCGUUUGAAGGUUUUAGCCUAAAACUGCGUGAAUUUCAGUUGCUUUUCGGUAGUUUUCGCGGUUCGAGCGCUCAAAAUGCUUGUAUUUACGUGAUUUAUCAUUCUCAAAACCAAUUCUGUCUGAAAACGGUCAAGAAAGCGCAAAAUGAGAAGUGCGGUUUUUAGGCGGCGAAGGCGAAAAAGCAAAGUCCGCGAAAAAUGCGCCAAAACGUCAUUAAUCGUGAGAAUUAUUGUGUUUUCAUGUCGAACUAUCAUUUUUCAUCGCCUUGGACGACAAAAAUCAGAGAAAACCUGCUCAAUUCAUGAAAACGCCAUAUUGUCAGCUCUGGAGAGCGUGUGUCACCGAACGCACUGAAACGUCUUCGAAUUUCAGAGCAAAACACGCGGACCGUCUCGAUUUUCAGUCUCUUUCAUCCGAGAACUCCGAGUCGGAAGUGUUGCUGGCGCUCAAGUACUUUGACAACGUGUUUCGCAUGAAAGACUACGGCACCGAACCCGAGUGCGACAUGCGAUUCGUGAUCGACGUCCUGCUGCCGUUAGCGCCGAAACGACAAGAGUCGUUCGGAUUUCACGACACGACCAAAGUGUCGGCGGCGGAUUUCAAGAAUGUGUUGGAGUAUUAUGAAGGCCUCGAGAUUGUGCACGUCAACCUGCAGACGCUGGUGUUCCACGAGAAGAUGAUUUUUGAAGAAAAUUCGAAUAAACGCUGUUGCUCCUGUCCACACACUUUUGCGGAGCGGCAGCAAACACCCGGAACAGCUCAAAAACGCGCAUAA